CCUAAGCCAGUUUUAUUAUUAUAUAUGCCAAAUUUAUAGAAAUAGACUUGAAAAUGUGUGUCGGCUAGCGCCAAAUAUGAUAAAAAUCAGCAUUUUUAUGUAGUGUGUUCACACGGAAAAAUUGUUUGUGCCAAAAUAAAAAUAGAUUUAUGCAUUUAAGGCUUCAAUUUUGCUAGCAUAUUGACUACAGGUUCAUCCUAAGCCAGUUUUAUUAUUAUAUAUGCCAUAUUUAAUGAAAUAGUCUUGGAAUUGUGUGUCGGUUUGUAACAAAUAACAAAAAAAUCAGCAUUUUUAUGUAGAGUGUUGAGAUUUUCCUGUGUUCUUUAAGGUUUACAGUGAUCAAAAUCUUUGCAAAUGUCGGCGGACAUCAUCAAGACCCAAAACAAAUUAAAGCCAAGGCUUUGCCCACUCUGCCUCGGCAACAAGGGGAUUAAAGUAUACCAUGUGCGUCUCAACGACCACCUCAGAACCCAGCACAGGCUUUCGGCCGCAGAGGUGCCACAGACCACCUCUGUGGCCCAGGCUGCAAAAUUCCAUGGAAAGAGCGCAACAUCCAACCGCUGUUAUUGGAGAUGUGGUUGUGGAGUAGCGGUCAUUAAAUAGAGCCAGCAUCUUUUAUCCGCCGUGCAUGGGCUAAAGAACGGCAGCGAGGAAUUCUUUGCCAAUUAUGCGGCCUUUGUAAAGGUGACAAAGAAGGGCUUGACUCAGGGGCUCAGGGGGACGUGUCAUCAACCACCGCCGCAACAGCAACUUCCACAACACGGGACCAUGACUCCUCUUGGGACUAGUUCAGCGAUGAGGAGAAGCAGGAGGAGGCCCAGGGAUUCCUCACGAGGGAAUAUUGUAUAGACCUCCUCCCCAGCGCCCGUGUGAUGAAGGGCCGACGCAGCUUCUCUGUGGUUGAGGCCUGGUGUAGCCACAUAGCGUCCAGGUGCGGUGGCGAUAUGGAAGAAGCCAAGGUCUCCGAGGAAUCGAUGAGGCUGAACCGCUUCCUCGCCCUGGCAGGAUUCCAGGAGGGUGGCUCCCUGGAUAACGCUGUUCAAUGGAAGGACCACCUGGAAAUAGCCGCCAGCUUUUUUCAGAAGAUGCACGCGCCUGGCACCGUUUGGAGCAACCUGGGCUCAACCACUAAAUUCAUCUUGUGGGCCAAGGACGAGCGGCUCAUGGUUUCCAGCAUCGUGGAGGAGGCCGUUCGCAAGCUGAAGGGCUGCAACACUUCGACAAAGAGAGCAGCUAUUAGACGGGCGGUGGUGAGAAGGGUCCAAGAGACGGCAGACAUUACGACCGAAAUUGACCUCGAUGGGCAACUGAGGUCUUCUCUGUACUUUUUAGAUGCCAUGGAGGGAUUCGCACGCAAGCCCCUAAUGUUUUUCCCGCAAGUGAGAGGCUUGCUUAUCAUGAUAAUGGCCAUACCAAACGGGUCCCGUGCCAGGGACUUCGUUGAACUCAGGAAACAGCGCAGACAUCUGGCAAGGCCCUGCCCCGUUUGUGCAGUACGGGGAAUGAUGCGCGUGUAUAGUAGAGUGGGCGACCACAUAAAGCAAGUACACAGAAUGUCUGGAGAGGCAACCAGGCGAGUGCUCUCAGAGCAACGGGCCGCCACUGGUAGGGGGAAGAGUGGCCGCCCGUACUACCGCUGCGGAAUCUGUCAGCGUGCAGUCGCCAACAACAGGGGACAUUUCACUGCCACACAUGGCCUGACACCUGGGUCGGAGGAGUUUUUGAGGCACAAGAGAGAACUGGUGAAGAUGAAGGCAUGGAAGCACGCUGCCACCGCCACCAAGGCGGCCUUGCGGUACAGUUCCGGAAUGACAUCCGGCUCCAACGCCAGCUCCCCGUUGUCCGUUGAGCUGGCGCCUUUGCCACCGGUUGCGCCGCUAGCAACCCCAGCGACCCCCAUUGUUGAUCCGGCGUCUUUGCCGCCGCUUUUGCCGCUAGCGUCCCCAGAGACCCCAGCCUCGCCGACGCCGCCGACACCCCUAUUCUCCCACUUGAUACCUUCCUUAAGGCCGUCUGAUGAGGUUUACCAAAGCAUACGGCGGCGGCUGCCUUGGGGUCAGAUAGGGACAGCCACUCCGGCCUUGGCCCAGGAGGCUUUUGAGGAGCAGGCCCAGCAGUGAGCAACCACCAAGAAGUCCCCCCCAGACCAAUGAGAGGUUUCGCUACCUAAAUUCGAUGGGGCCAACAAAGGCUUCCUUCGGGACAGCAUUCAAUCUGUGGCUGGGCCCCCCACCUGCCCCCACCCCGGCGCUGAUACCACCUGCCCCCGACUCCACAGCCGAGCAGGUGAACCAGAUACGCUGAGCGUAUGUUCAGGUGGCGAAAGAAGGCCGGCAAGAGAGUUAGGACUACCGCGUCAACCACGGCGACAUCUAGACAGGCCUAUGUGGUCCCGGAAUCUGCCCCCGUUGCCCCACCAGCCCCGGAGCUACCGUUGGAGGCCGCACCUGCCCCCCAGCGCCAGGACACCAUGAAGCCUGUGCCUGUGCCACCGUCGUCACCAGAUCUGAUGACGACGGUGGACAGUGACCACUUGGAGGACGAGGUCUUCAAAGAGGAGUGGAGCCUGCAUUUAUCGUCCAGCGAGGACGACAUGGAGACAUUCACCUCGGCGCGCGCCAGGGCCUAGACAGAUAGGCCACGGCAGUUCGUGACGGCGCUUGAGACGCGGGAGAUUAUGCGAGUGUUCACGGACGACAUCGACCGCUCAGCGAACACGGGUGUCACGGUCGCCAUUGCAGCUGUAUGCACUAAGCGUACAGCUCGCUUGGCUCGACUCACGGAUCAACAAGUCCGUGAAAAGAUACAUAACUCAGUCAAGUCGCGUAUCUAUGACGGACUUGUUGAUCAGUGAGUCACCCGUGUUGGCUGACUGGUGAUGUCGUCUGCGAGCAUCAGUCCUUGUUUAUGUGUGAUGAUGUUAUAUUUUUGUAUUAUGUUGUUGUUUUAUGCUGUUUUGUUAAUUUUCUUUCACAUUUAUAUGUAUAGGUAUACUUUUCUUGUUCAUUUUUUAUGCAUUUUUUAUUAGUACUGGUUAUAUUUACUACCCAGGAUUUUGUCUUCCUUA